GUUGUACCAUUAAACGUCCCAUUGUGAGGCUUAUCCUGGUGGCAACAUUGACUGCAACAUGAAGAACUUUAAAGAACAGCCUCAUCAGGCGGGCAGUUUUCUGCUCAGAUCAUCAUCAACUUCUCAACUGUCAAACUGUUCACACUAACUGCACGUUUGCUUAGUACUGAACUGAAAUCCACCACUGUUAUACUCCAUAAUAAGAUACAAAAUAUUUUACUAAACAUUACUGAAGAGAAUGUAUUCUACACUUGUUCUGAGUUACAUGAAGCUAAUGACAAACAAUUUUAUACAUUAAUCUCUGUUUCUCUGUACUUCCCUACCAUCGAGCCACGUCUUUCUUUGACCCUGAUGGCCAGACCUGUCAGCACCACUCGUUGUUAUAGAUGACAAACAGCAGAGACCAGCAGCAAUAACAGCAUGCCAGGUUGAGAACACAACAGUGACUAAAGGAGGACUCGAACAGUCCGACUCACGAGUCUGAUUCAUUAGCCACUCUGCGUGUAUCGGGCGGGGUUUGUCCGAAUACGGGUGGAGAGAGAGAAAGGCUUGGUGGGUUAACCGGACACGUUCAUUGUUGCAUCAGAUCCCGGCGACACAGUAACAUGGCAGAUCAAGUAAAAGGAAAGAGGGUACAGCCCCCGUGGUCUCCUCCGAAUGGAACUGAACUUCCGAAACUAAAGCUUUACAACAGUCUCACUCGAAGCAAGGAGGUGUUUGUCCCACAGCAUGGAAACAAAGUGCUUUGGUACUGCUGUGGCCCCACAGUCUAUGACGCCUCCCACAUGGGUCAUGCCAGGUCCUACAUUUCUUUUGAUAUUCUUCGAAGAAUAUUGAUGUCCUAUUUUAAGUAUGACGUCUUCUACUGCAUGAACAUCACUGACAUUGAUGACAAAAUCAUUAAAAGAGCCAGACAGAAUCACCUGCUGGAGCAGUACAGAGCCAAGAAGCCAAGCGCCUCCCAGAUCCUCCAGGAUGUCCUGGCUGCAAGAGAGCCCUUCAAAGCCAAGCUUGCCGAAACCACAGACCCAGAUAAGAAGCAGAUGUUUGAGAGACUUGAUGCAGCGGUGACCACUGCACUGACUCCUCUACAGGAAGCGAUGCAGAGCAAAGCAGAGGAAGCUGCUGUUCACAGCCGUGCUCAGGUUUUGUUAGAAGAAUCUAAGGAUCUUCUGUCUGACUGGUUGGAUUCCCAAUUUGGCAGCCAAGUUACAGAAAACUCCAUAUUCUCCCUGUUGCCAAAAUUCUGGGAGGCCGAGUAUCACAAAGAUAUGGAUGCCCUGAACGUUCUUCCUCCAGACGUCCUCACACGUGUCAGUGAAUACGUUCCAGAGAUCGUAGAGUUUGUCCAAAAAAUAGUGGACAAUGGAUAUGGCUACGAGUCUAAUGGCUCAGUGUAUUUCGACACUGCAAAGUUUGAUGCUAACUCAGGGCAUUCAUAUGCCAAACUGGUGCCAGAGGCAGUGGGGGAUCAGAAAGCUCUCCAGGAGGGAGAAGGAGACCUGAGUAUCUCUGCAGACCGACUAAGUGAAAAACGUUCUCAGAAUGACUUUGCCCUAUGGAAAGCGUCUAAGCCAGGGGAGCCAUCCUGGGAAUCACCGUGGGGAAAGGGACGACCUGGAUGGCACAUUGAGUGUUCAGCCAUGGCUGGGUCUAUAUUGGGCACAUCUAUGGAUAUUCAUGGAGGAGGAUUUGACCUGCGUUUUCCUCAUCACGACAAUGAACUGGCGCAGUCUGAGGCCUACUUUGACAACGAUCACUGGGUGCGCUAUUUCUUACACACGGGCCACCUUACUAUUGCUGGCUGCAAGAUGUCCAAGUCUCUGAAGAACUUCAUUACCAUCAAAGAUGCCCUCGCCAAAAACACAGCAAGGCAGCUGCGCCUGGCCUUCCUGAUGCACUCAUGGAAGGACACGCUGGAUUAUUCCAUUAACACCAUGGAGUCUGCCAUCCAGUAUGAGAAAUUCAUGAAUGAGUUCUUCCUAAACGUUAAGGACAUCCUGAGGACUCCUACUGAUAUCACAGGCCAGUAUGAGAAAUGGGAAGCGGAGGAGAUUGAACUAAACAAAAGUUUCUAUGAGAAGAAAGAAGCCAUUCACGAGGCUCUGUGUGACAAUAUCGACACACGUUCCGUGCUGGAGGAGAUGAGGGCACUGGUGGGUCAGAGCAAUACCUAUGUGGCUGCCAGAAAGAGUGCAAAACUUUUGCCCAACCGUAUGCUGCUCCAGAGCAUUGCUCACUACCUCACUGACAUGUUCAAGACGUUUGGGGCAAUCGAGGGAACAGAACCUAUUGGAUUUCCUGUUGGAAGAAAUGACCAGAAUGUUGAUCUGGAGACUACCGUCAUGCCUUAUUUGAACGUAUUAUCAGAGUUCAGAGAAAGUGUUCGAAAAAUCGCAAGGGAACAUAAAGUGACCGAGGUGCUCCAGCUGUGUGAUGCAGUAAGGGAUGACAUUUUACCAGAGCUUGGAGUCCGACUAGAAGAUCACGAAGGGCUUCGUACUGUGGUGAAGCUAGUGGACAAAGAGACGCUUCUGAAGGAGAAGGAGGAGAAAAAGAAGUUGGAGGAGGAAAAGAAAAAGAAGAAAGAGGAGGCAGCCAGAAAGAAACAGGAACAAGAGAUGGCCAAACUGGCCAAGAUGAGGAUUCCACCUAAUGAGAUGUUCCGCUCAGAAACGGACAAGUAUUCCAGCUUUGAUGAUACGGGUUUCCCAACACAUGACGUAGAAGGGAAGGAGCUGAGCAAGGGGCAGGCCAAAAAGCUUCGCAAGCUUUACGAAGCACAGGAAAAGCUGUACAAUGAGUACCUCCAGACUUCCCAGAACGGAAGUUGAGAAUGCUUGGAGUUCAAAUCUGUUAGGGCCUGCAAUCCGCCCAUACUGUCUGUGCUGCUUUUGUCUUGUUGUCAAGUGUAUACCAGCGAUGCUUACAGUUUUCAUGUGUGGGUCCUUGUGCUAAGCCUGGACACUGUGCACAUUAUCUUAUGUACAUGACGCUGAUAGGAAAUCAGGGGUGUUUACGUGUUAGAGCUUUAAACAUUGCUUCAGAGACAGGAACACAUUACUGUAAAACGUCUAAGCUUUGUUUAGAAGCUGAAGAACAGUAAGCAUCUGGGAUUGCUGUCUUUUUCUAAUAUUGAAGGUUUUUUAAUCUAGUCUGUGAAGGGUAUUUGCAAUUGUGGGGUGUAGGGGAAAUAAAGAUUUGUCACUAAAGCAUUGUUUACAGUACCAAUAACAUGAUGACUAAUGUAACGAGCACAGUGACACGUAUGAUUGAUUCAUUUUUACUCAAAUGUUGUACUCAUCAUCGAGAACGUUAAACAAAAGUUGGAAAGAUUUUGAGGAGCUAAAAAAAACUACAUAGGAUUUUGAUAGUUCAUUUAAAAUACUGUAUGUUGUCAAUUUCUGUGGAACUUUAAUUAAUACAAAACAUGUGGAUCUUUAAA